AUGACGGCUGAUAGACUUCUGGCGCGGCAAUGGCCAAAUGGCUACUUCUGCCCACUUUGCAUGUGCAACCUCGAGACUACCGCGCACCUGUUCGUCGAGUGCCCCCUUUCGCGCACGAUUUGGGAGAGGGUUGCUACGCCGUUCGACCUGCGCGGGAAACUCGCAGAAGCCAUUUGGAAUAUCAAGAAAGUAGAUGUCCACAUCGAGGUCGGCGGGGAGACGUUUCCCGCGCACCGGUGGGUACUUGAGGCCCAAUCGCCCGUCUUCAAGACGGAACUGUCGCUCGCCUCGACCGCCGACAUGACCACCAAGCUACGCAUCGAUGACAUGGACUCCGAGGUGUUCAAGGCUCUGCUCCGGUUCAUGUACACGGACUCGCCUCCGGAGACGAGCCAGCUCCAGGAGGCGGCGAUGGCGGAGAAGAUUCUUGUCUCCGCGGACAGGUAUAAGCUGGACAGGCUGAAACUCAUCUGCGAGAAGGCGCUGUGUCAGCACGUCGACAUGAGCUCUCUGGCUGCCACUCUAGCGUUGGCCGAGCGGCACCAUUGCUCGGUGCUGACCGCGGCGUGCAUCAAGUUCCUCUCUUCCCCUGGUAAUCUUGAAGCGUUCAUAGCGGCGGAUGGGGUCAAACAGCUAAAGGAAUGUUGCCCCUCUGCUCUGUUGGAUCUCGCGGUGAAGAACUGA